UGGUCCCUCAGGGGUUAGAGCUGCGGUAAUGGUCCCAUGAUUUCCUGCCUCCCUGCUUUCCUUUUUCCUUGUUAAUUCAAUUUUACUGUUUGGUUGAUUUGGGUUUUUUUUCCUUUCUAAAGGUUCCUGCUCUUUGAGGACGACAGGAGAGGCGGAGUGGCAGAGGAGAGGGGAAAGCCAAGUGGUGAUUUGUGGUGAAGCGUCGUGUCACCAUGAAGGCCCUGUACGCUCAGCAGAGUUCUCCUGGAGAGGAAAUGACAUUUGUGUUCCAGGAAAGGGAGAGCCUUCCUGCCAGCAGAGACCACGAUGUGAAGGUGCAGGUCAGAGCCUGUGCUCUGAGCUGGGUGGACACAAAGCUCCUGUCAGAAAUCAAACUGAAGAAGGAUCUUGUGCCUGUUGGGCGAGAGAUUUCGGGAGUUGUGCUGGAAGUUGGAAGCAAGGUGACCUUCUUCCAGCCAGAUGAUGAAGUGGUGGGAAUUCUGCCCCUGGAUUCUGAGGAGUCUGGUGUCUGUGAAGUUAUCCUGGUUCACGAGCAUUAUUUGGUUCACAAGCCACAGAAGGUCUGCUGGGCAGAGGCUGCCGGGACGCUCCGCGACGGGCUCCGCGCGUACACGGCCCUGCACUACCUGGCCCACGUGUCCCCUGGCACAAGUGUCCUUGUCCUGGAUGGAGCAAGUCCAUUUGGUACCAUUGCAAUUCAGCUGGCCCAACACAGAGGGGCCAAAGUCAUCUCCACUGCCCACAGCCUGGAGGACAAGCAGUACCUGGAGAGGCUCAGACCUGCUGGGGGCGUCCGGCAGCCUCUGGUGGCGCGGGUGAUCGACGUGUCGCACGGCAAGAUCGACCUGGCCGAGAGCUGCCUGGAGGAGACGGGCGGGCUGGGCCUGGACAUCGUGCUGGAUGCCGGAGUGAGGUUAUACAGUGCUGAAGAUGAGCCAGGCUCCAGGUGCCAGCUGCUGCCUCACAAGCACGACAUCAUCACGCUGCUGGGGGUCGGGGGACGCUGGAUAACCACGGAGAGGAACCUGCAGCUGGAUCCUCCAGACAGCCAUUCCUUGUUCCUGAAGGGAGCCACAGUGUCCUUCCUGAACGAUGAGGUCUGGAACUUGUCCAAUGUGCAGCAGGGGAAGUAUCUCGCCAUCCUGGAAGAUAUCAUGGAGAAAUUAUCAAAUAGCAUUUUCAGGCCUCAGCUGGAUGAACCCGUCCCAUUGUAUGAAGCCAAAGUUUCUAUGGAAAUAGUUCAGAAGAAUCAAGCAAGAAAGAGACAAGUCAUCCAGUUCUGACACACAACUUCUGAUCUCUCAGCCUGGGGAAGAUAAAGAAAUAAAUGGAAUAAAUGGAAUAAAUCAGUGUACACUUGCAGGCAGUGAACAGAAUUUAAACAUUCUUUGUACCUCAGCUCAAAUGGUCUCUGAAGCUUCCACGACUUCAGGGUUUUUAAAUUCCCUUGAGCAGAAUGUUCCCAUCAGCAGCUUCUAAAGAAGCAGCCUUGACUUAAAAAUCUUGUCUGCCCUGCCACACUUAAAAAUGUCACAAACAUCUACAGGCAAACUCAGUCGCUGGUGGUUUCCAACCCUAAAAAUUAAAGAGGGGAAAAAAGAUGGUUUUACUAGUCUUUUUGUCUCCAACCCCUACCAGCAGUUACCUUUAUAGUUACCUUUUGCUUUUGACUGCACUGAGACCGAAUGCUGCACUUAAUCCACAUUUAAAAUUGUUAUUCAACUGAAGGACAGGCAAAACUAUCGAGGUUGGCAAGGGUGGCAGAUGGGAAGGACAUGGUACUGACAGCAGGAGUUUCCCCCAGCUCGUUCCCUUCCUCUCAGCACUAAGGGAGCAAACCUGGUAAAUCCAGAGUCCCCAGGCUGGUGGAAUUGCGUGAGUCAGAUGUUUAAGGCGCUUUGUGUAGCUUGUUACCUUUGGUAUCUCCCUGUGCUGUGCACGUUCAUUUCCCCUCUUUUAACCUCAGCACAGCCCAGAUCUGUCUCUCCAGCAUUAUCCAUGACUGUGGCCUGUUUGAAAGUCAGCAGUGGGGAAAGAACUGCAUUUUGCUUUCCUCAAAGCAUGUGCCUCCCUGCAUGCUGUGAUUAGAGGGCAAAAAUACUUUUUCUCAUUCA